GCCAUGGCGAUUUCAUCACUGCCAUCCAAUUUCUUCUUAUCUCCUUCUUCAAACACCACUCCCCCACAGUCUCUCUUCUUUCUUUUGUAUCGCGCAAAUCCCCUCUCUUCAAGUAGAGCUCAAAAACUCAAAAUUUCUUGCUGUCAGCAGACUGUUCAAUUCGACAAAGAACCCAAUCUGCUGAAAAACAAGAAGAGGAAACCGAGGCCAAGUUUUCUCGAGCAAGUUCACGACAAAUGGUCCCAAAAGUUGCCUUCUUUACGGGAAAAUUUCCCGUGGCAAGAGCAAGAAAUCGGCGAUACGAAUUUAGAAGAAAUUCAAGAAUUUUCGUCCGAUGUUUCUUCGGUGAAAGAACCUAAAAGGAGCAGUCGCGCAAGCGAGCCGAUUCGUGCUCGAGUAGAAAUUAAGUCGAAUUCAGCUCCUUGGGCUCAUGGAAGUGGAAAUCGGAAAGUUUUUAUCUCUGAUGGUUCGAGGAAUUUUGCAGAAAAUGUUGGAAAAGGGGCUAAUUUGGCGAAGGAUGAGAUGAUAGAUGAUGAUAGUGAAAGGAAAUUCCGCGAAUUGGAUGAAGCCCCAAUUGGAUUACCUCCAAAAUUUGAGAAUUUGGAAGCUGGGAGAGGCGAAAGUGCUAGUGUUAUGGAGAACCCGCCAACUGUUUGUGGAAAUGCAAAUGAUAUUAAGAGCUCUGCUGGUGGAGGUGAUUUAAGCAAAUCGCCGUGGAAGAGAAGGAACAGUGUUGAAACUGUGACGAAGGACAGGUUUAGGGAUAGGAAAACGGUUUCAGCAGAGAGGUCGAUACCCGAGCACGAGCUGAAGAGGCUUAGGAACGUGUCGUUGAGGAUGGUGGAGAGGAUCAAAGUCGGGGCAGCUGGCGUGACGCAAGCGUUAGUGAAUGAAAUCCACGACAAGUGGAAAGACGAGGAGGUCGUCAAGUUGAAGUUCGAAGGGCCUCCUUCGAAGAACAUGAAGAGAACGCACGAGUUUCUUGAGAGUAGAACUGGAGGUUUGGUGAUAUGGAGAUCGGGGAGUUCGGUAGUGUUGUACAGAGGGCACGCGUACAAGUUUGAUUGUGUAAAAUCGUAUAGCCAGCACGCAGAUGCUGAAGAAUUAGGAUCUUCUGGAGAAGAUUCUAAUAAGAGCGUUGAACGUGUAAAUAGAGCUGCCCAGUCGUCUGGAUUGUAUAGUUCAGAUUAUUUUCUGAGUUUAUCCGAAGAAGAGCAAAUGGAUUUAAGCGAGUUGAACCUUCUCUUGGAUGAGCUCGGUCCUAGGUUCAUGGACUGGACGGGUCGGGAACCAAUUCCUGUUGAUGCAGACUUGCUUCCGGCCGUUGUUCCUGGAUACAAGACUCCAUACAGACUUCUACCUCAUGGGAGUAGGAGAACGUUGCGUGAUAAAGGAAUGACGUUCUUGCGUAGGGCAGCAAGGGCAAUGCCUCCACAUUUUGCCCUAGGGAGGAGCCGACAGCUACAAGGUCUUGCUGCAGCCAUGGUGAAGUUGUGGGAAAAGAGUGCUAUCGCGAAAAUAGUCAUUAAACGUGGUGUUCUCAAUACCAACAACGAAAGGAUGGCUGAAGAACUCAAGAUAUUGACGGGAGGAACGCUACUAUCGAGGAACAAAGAGUAUAUUGUUUUAUACAGGGGUAACGACUUUUUGCCACCGCGUGUUUCAACUGCACUCGUAGAAAUGGAGAAGCGCACAGGCUUCCAGCAGGAUGAGGAGGAGCUGGCUCGGCAGAGAGCUGCUGCACUGAUUGAGUCGAACUCCAAAGCAUCCAGGCAGCAAUUAGUUGCCGGGACCCUGGCUGAAACCGUGGCAGCAACUUCACGGUGGGGGAACCAACCUAACGACUCAGAAAAGGAGAAGAUGUUCAGAGAUGCGGCUAUUGCUAGACAGGCUGCUUUGGUCGAAUCUCUUCAGAGGAAGCUAACUCUUGCAAAGGGGAAGAUCAGAAACGCAGAGAAAACCUUGCAAAAAGUGCUGAAAAAUCAAGAACCAGAAGAACUCCCCACUGAUCUGGAGACCUUAACCGAUGAGGAAAGGCAAUUGUUUCGUAGGAUUGGGUCGAGCAUGAAACCUAAAUUAGUUCUAGGGAGGCGAGAAGUAUUUGGUGGCACUAUUGAGAAUAUGCACUUGCACUGGAGGUAUCGCGAGCUGGUAAAGAUUUUGGUUGAACGGAAAACCUAUGCACAAGUCAGGCACAUUGCGAUCUCACUGGAGGCCGAGAGUGGUGGAGUGUUGGUUUCUGUUGAAAGAACCCCUAAAGGCUGCGUUAUAUUAGUGUAUCGUGGGAAGAACUACCGGCCGCCUCCUGUCAUUAGGCCCCAAAAUCUCCUCACGAAGAGGCAAGCGUUUGCGCGUUCCAUUGAACUUCAGCGGCGUGAGGCACUGAUACACCACGUUGUAGAACUCGAGGAAAGAAUUGAGAAGAUGAAGCAGGAACUAGAUGAUAUGAAGAGUGAGCAUGGCAAUGGAGUGAAGGCCUUGGAAUCGAGCGUCUGAAGACAGAUGAGGAGAAUGUGGCGACGUGAGAGAAGAUUUAGCAUCAUGGUUCUAGCAACUGCCUUUGCGUUGUGGAGUGAUUUUUACACGAGAUCGAUAGAGUCUGGUGGAGGCAAGAGGAGGCGAACGAGACGAGCUCGUGAGGAAAAGUUGACUCGAUCGGCAACAUCUCCACUGCCUAAACUCCCAAAGAUAGUCCCUCCACAUCUUGGUGCAGUGUGUAAUUUAGUCUUGUAUUUCAAAUUCUGAGCAUUGUCGUAUGUAAUUAAAAUCUGUUUCACACAUUAAUAUUUAAUAGUGUUGUUACAUUUUGUGAA